AUGAUGUCACAAAAGCCAAAGCCGAAGGCGAAGUCCAAGGCGGUACUGGAGGAUUCCGACGAUAGUGAUUCUAGCCUGGAACGGGCAAUUCAAGAGCGAAUGGAGAAGCAGAAGCAGAAGCCACGUCCGGGGCAAUAUGGAUCUACCCGUCUUUUGGAAGCUGAAAUAAAUCUUUCGUCCUCGUCCUCGUCUUCUUAUGAUGAUGAUGACCAGGACGAAGAAGAAGAAGAACUGAAGGAUACCCCAGAAAAGCCCACAGCCCAGAAAGAAGACUUUGUGGAUCUUGUUUCGCCACAGCAGGAGUCACAACAACAGUAUGAUAAACUCUCGCAACCUGAUUCGCUGUCGCAAUUCCCUCCAGUUCCAGUUGCAGCUGGGGCAACACCUGCACCAAAGUAUGCUUUUCAGGCCUUUCAGCCCAUUAAUGUUUCCACAUUGCAUCCAAAUGUGCAGCGGAUGUACCACCAGAACCAACAGGAAACUCAAGCAGAAUGGCAGCGUUUUUUGGACAAUCAAUGUCCCAUGCCGACUCACUUGAUGGGGUUCCGUCAAUCACCUGCCCCUGCCCCUGCAACAGGCUUCUCGCGUGUUCCAUCAGCUCGUGGAGUGCAGUUGCCAGUUCAGUCUCCUGUAGCAAGACGUCGCCCAGACAGUCCGGCUGCACCCGUCAUGAUGGAUUCAGCUACUACAAAGAAGUCCAGGAACGAUAGUCGUGGUCGUGCAACACCAACCCAAGAUGGUCGUCCACCCACUCCUAAUCAGGCUCCUCAUCAGCAAGAAGAAGCAGCUGCUGGAGCGACAAAGAAGAGUGCAACUGUUCCACGGAAACCAGUUGAAUUGCCUCCCAAGGUUGCUGCCUUCCGCUAUGAACACAAGAGUCGGCUUGAGCUUGGGGAAGAACUGAACAAGCGUUCGAAAGAUAAUCCAGGACCAUUUACAGUGGCACAAUAUAUUGUUUUUGGCAGUGAGAGUCGUGGCAACUACGAGAAGUUCGAGAUUGACAAGCUGAGCUGCGAUCAACUUCGAAAGCUAGCUGUUAACUUUGGGUGCAAAGGUGUCAGCUCCGCGGGAAAGUUCGAGAUCCGUAGACGUAUGGCUAUUCGCUGCACUGCAGCCACUGCCUACGAUAAUCCGGAGAUAGUCAAUAACUUUGCCUCCGCCAGAGACCUCAAGAUCAACUCUACGUAUCGACUUCUCAACACUUGUGUUCACUCCACCUACUUUCAAAGAUUCGUGGAUCUGCAUGCAAACAAGACGAGGAUUGAUCAUGAGAGCAAUCGCGCUGGACCCUACAAACAGUUUUGGAUUGACAUUGCAGACUUCUAUAAUGAUACGGAGAACAAUCAAGAGUUGUCGGUGAUCUAUGGAGCAGUUGAAGAAGAGGAUGAAAGACAAUUCGACAUUGCCACGGCUGGACCAAUCAACCCAUGUAAUUUCAACAAACUCAACCAUGAGAGCUGCUGCCAGCUUGUUAAGGACGCAAUGAAGGCUGUAGAAAAAAUCCAUGCUGCUAUGAAGAAGUCCGGCCAAGGAUCCAAUGAUCCAUGGAGUUUCUGCCGAAAGAGCGUUCUGACAAUUCGCAAGGGAGUGGAGGUUUCUGCGGAGGUUGCCUAUUAUGCCUUUCGAAUCCGCGAACCUCAUCCUCAACUCGAAGGAUCUUGGGAUGCAAUGUUGACGGAGGAUCUUGCUGCCUCAUCCACCGCCACUCCCACAGCCUCAAAGGCUCCACCUGCUUCAAGCACUGCCACUCCCAGUACAGCGAGCAUUGGCUCUGCAUCAGCGAAUGAUUCACUCAUCAGCUCUUUGGGUGCCUGGAACGAAAGUACAAGGACUGCGUCCGAACAGCGUCAGAACUACAUCAACAUGAAGACGUCUCAGGCGGCUGAAGAAAGGCUUACAAGAAUGUGGAAUGAAUAUGACAGGUUGUCUCUACGAGUCAUGGAGCUUCGCGAUAAUGGCAAUGCUCCUCACUUGCUCCACAAUCUUGCGACAAGAGUUCGCGCUUUGGAGGACAAGUUAGAUAUUGCUCGUGAAUUCUCGGUUGUGUAUGGCACAGAUCUGCUCAGCCGUCACGAUGUGAUGCAAGAAUAA